GUAAAUGUCAGUUCCGACCGCUAUAUACCGCCAUAUUGUUUGCGACAAAUCGUGAUCGUGCUCUGGUCUAUCUUGUACGUGGUCUCGUGAAGUUUUUCUCUUGUUCGGUGAGCCCCAUUGGGAAAAUUUGCAAACAUUUCGCGAAAAAGCAACAUGAAGAAAACGAAGGACGUAUCAGACGAGGAUGAAUAUUCCGCAGAUGAUCCGGAAGAAGUAGAAGGAGCCUCUGAAGAAGAGUGGACUCCUGAAGCCGGAGCUGAAAGUGGUGCUAAAAAGAGGCCACAAAGGGAAGCUGCUAAAAAACGGCAACACUCAGAAGAAGAAGAAGAUGAAGAAGAAGAAGAGGAUGAGGAAGAUGAUGAUGAAGAGGAUGACGAAUCUGAUUCAGAUACAGGAAAGAAACCUAAAAGAAAAAGGCGGUCUAAGAAAGAAGAAGAUGAAAAGGAAGAUGAAGAUGAAGAAGACUCCGAUGAUAAUAGCUUCAAUGAAUCGUCAGGAGAAACACCAAAAGAUUUUACCUCUGGUGCAUUCGUUGUGGCAAAAGCUGACAUUGGUGGAAAUACGGAUCCAACAUUGUGGAGGAUAGAUGGAAAGGCAUUACUUCAAAAGUUUUUACCAUUCAAAGAAGAUGGGAAAACGUUAUAUAAAAGCACAUCGACGUAUUCUGGAUGGUCAGUAAAUAACAAAGAUAAAUACUUAGCAGCCCAAGUAACUUUCAAAGUGCAAAGUAGAACAGAAACCAUUGUUGAACUUCACCUUGAUCAGCAUCAACAAGAAGUUGUAAAAGAAGAAAAAGAAGACUAAAUAUAGAUCAUGUUUGAUCAUAUUUGUUUAUAUACAUUUUAAGGUAUGCUAAGGAAGAAUACAUUUACAAUCACAGGUACACAUCAACAUUACAGACAUAUUACGUAAAUACGUGGAUGCAGUUUACAAAAUGAUAUCCUAGCAGAUUCGUGUUUAAAAAUAAGAUUGAGUGGACCAUGGAUCUCAGUUCUUUACUAAGGGUAGCUUUACAUAUAAUUGACAAUUUUAUCAGCUGUUUGUGUAUGUCUCAAUUGAUAAGAGCUGUUAAUUUCAAACAUUAUUUGUUUCCGUAAAAAAUAAGAUAUCCACUCAUAUUUCGUAUUUUAUAAAUUCGACGUAAGUCUAAAAUUUCUUGUUUAGACUGCAUGUUACUUUCGAAAUAUUAUUGUAUUGCUUACAAUAUUGGUGAUAAUCUUGAUAUACAAAUUUCGGCGUAGUUUUAAUUGCAAAAUUUAUUCGAUCCUCUGUUGCACUUUAAACAAUUCAAUGUCCCAGUUAUAAGAGCACCUUCAGUAACUAGAUUUCGUGUUAUGUUUAGUCGUUGAAAUAAAAAACUUUAGAUAUAGAAAAUAAAUCAGUGUCAGUUACCGUUGUGGUCUUACGUUCCUAUUGCCGUAUAAAUUUAUAUUGGAAAAUCAUAUUAUAAAUGCUUUUAAUUAUCUUUAAUUACACCUCGAAAAUUUCAUGGCUAUAAAUAAUAUGUAUGAUGAACUUCUGUUAGUGGCAACAGUGUGAAUAAGAAAUUAAUUAUAUGUACUGUCAUCAAUCAUGUUCAGUGGUAUGUCAUGUUCGAUCUAGCUUUAUGGAUAAAAAUUAUGUUUUACGUAUAUAAAAGAAAGAAAAAAGAGAGAGAGCGCGAGAGAGAGAGAGAGAGUAAAAAUUAAUCGUGUCAAAUAUUUAUUCAAUAUUCCUAUAUUAUUUGUACAUUUCAUAUUUUCUACAAAGCUCCUACCCUGUUUGUAUAAUUUGUAUACAUUAAAUUUAUUGGAAUGUAGGCACAUAAUAAGGAAUACAAUUUCCGUUAUGAGUUUAAUAAAUUUUAAACCAUUAAAUGAUACAUUAGAUAAAGAAAAAAUGUGUGUAUAUAUAUUAUAUUUAUAUAUACACACGUAUAUAAAUAAGUCCUGUUGUAACUUCCAUUUUAAUUUGUACUUUAAAUAUUUUGAUUAAUAAUACGUAAAUAUAAUUUUUGUAAUUAUGUCUAACUUAAUUACAAAGGCUAUGUGUUGAAAUGUAGUUAAUGUUAGCAAAGAGCCCCAAUAAAACUAUGUUUAGUUC